UGUCAUCCGUGAGUGACUCUUUUUACGUCACUUUAAAUAACUUCCUCGUUUAUUUUCAUACACAAAGCUAAGACGCCCAGUUUAGUUUCAUUAUGCAUCCGGUCAGGGUUGGAAUUCACACAAAGAGAAGGAAGCGGAUCUGUUGUCAAGCCUGAACAUUUUGGUCUUUCGUAAUCUGCUCUACACUCUGUCUCUUCAAAUCGGUGCUCGUCCCUCUCUCUCCCUCCAACAUGCUUUGUUGGGGAAAUGCAAAUGAUGGGCAGUUAGGUACAGGUGUGGAGAGGAACCCUGUAUUUGAGCCAAGGAACUGUCAGGUGUUCUGUGACAGAGGAUUAACAGAUAUAGCCUGCGGUGGGCAACACUCUGUGUUUUUGCUGCAUGAUGGCAGUGUGUAUACAUGCGGCUCAAACAACUGUGGACAGCUGGGCCACAACAAACCGGGAACUUCCCCUGAGAUAGUAGAUGCGCUGGAUACUCAGAAGAUAACAGUGGUGUCGUGUGGUCAGACCCACUCUAUGGUGGUGAACGAGAAAGGCCAAGUGUUUGCUUGGGGUGCCGGUGAAGCAGGCCAACUUGGUCUGGGCACUGCUGAAACCACGGUUCGAGUCCCCAGGUUGGUGAAAAUGCUGUGUAACCAUCGCAUCUCUCAAAUAAUGUGUGGCAACCAGCACUGCAUGGCACUUUCUAGAGAUGGCCAGUUGUUCACAUGGGGCCAGAACACCAGCGGUCAACUCGGUCUGGGAGAAGGCGAGCCUGACAAGCUAUUCCCUCAACCCUUAAAGUCUCUAGUGGGAAUUCCUUUGGCACAGAUAACUGCUGGAGGAGAACACAGCUUUGCACUGUCCUUAUCCGGAGCUGUAUUUGGCUGGGGCAAAAAUGGAGCUGGGCAACUUGGUCUCAAUGAUAAACAAGAUCGUGCUGUCCCUUGCCACAUCAAAUUUUUGAGAUCUCAAAAAGUUGUUUACAUCAGCUGUGGAGAUGAACACACAGCAGCUCUCACAAGGGAUGGCGGCUUGUUUACAUUUGGUGAUGGUUCAUGGGGUCAGUUGGGCCAUGGCUCCACUAAUAAUGAACUUUUGCCAAGGAGAGUGCAAGAUCUUAUGGGCAUUGAGGUGUCCCAGAUCGCCUGUGGCAGACACCACACCCUGGCCUUUGUGCCUUCCACUGGUAUGGUUUUUUCAUUUGGCUGUAACAGCCACGGCCAGCUGGGCACAGGGCUAAUGGGAGGUGCUCAAAGUCCAUUCCCUGUCAAGACCAGAUUCCUGACAGGCAUUUUUCAUAGAACAGAAUCAAAGCAAUAUACUGUGACCAAAAUCACCUGUGGAGGUGACCACUGUUUCUUAUUGUACUCUAAUGAGCAGGAUGGUGUCUAUCCACAGGACUUCAGAGUGAUUAAUAUCAGUAAAAGCCUCUCCCCGAUCAAUUACGAAAGACUCAACUCAUGGAGGUUAAAACUGACAUACAACACAGAUUCGAAUGUCACUAAUGAAAUAAUAAUUCAGCUGUCCUCUGCAGCGUGUUGGAAUGCCAGCUUCUUGGACAAAAGUGAUGAUGCUCACUUCAGAACCAAUCCCAAAAUACCAGGCAUCGAUCUCAACUCUGUGAGAAUGCUGUUCGAGACACUCAGCAAACCAGCCUUCUCUAGGCUUCAGGAGAAGGCCAACAAGAGUUUUGAGAGUUUUCUGAUCCCGCAACUGCCAUGCUCUCCCCCUGAUGUUGAAGCUAUGAGGAUCUACCUCAUCUUAUCUGAGUACCCAGCCUUGCAGGAUUCCAACAACUACAUCCGACUCAGUAUACCCCUGGCCAUGGCUAUCCUCAGAUUGGAUACCAACCCCAGCAAAGUAUUGGAUAACUGGUGGUGUUUAGGGGACAGCAGUGUGUUUACCAGAAUGGUGGACUUAUACAAGGGCAUUGUUGUGUUUCUGCUAACGGCUGGGAAAUCCUUGCUUGUACCAGUGUUCUACACAAGCUAUUUUCAAGCAACACUGAGGCUGCUGGAGAAACUCCACAAGGUGAACUUAAAGGCCCACCACGUGGAAUAUAACCACUUUUAUAUCCCUGACAUCACCUGCCUGGUAGACAUCAAACAAGACUACCUCAAGUGGUUUCUAACAAAAACUAAGCAUAAAUUGGAAACACCUGCUCAGAAUGACAGUCCCUCUGUGAACCUAUGUGCCUACCCGUUUAUACUCGACGCUCAAGCCAAGACCACCAUGCUGCAAACAGAUGCUGAACUACAAAUGCAGAUGGCAGUAAGCGGUGCAAACCUACACAAUGUCUUGAUGCUGCUUUCACUGGAACCACAACUAGCUAGGAAUCCUUACCUGGUGCUUCAUGUACGCAGAAACCACUUAGUAAGUGACACACUAAGGGAGCUCACAGUCUACUCUGAUGUGGACCUCAAGAAGCCACUCAAGGUGAUCUUUGAUGGAGAAGAGGCCAUAGAUGCCGGUGGAGUAACGAAAGAGUUCUUCCUGCUGCUGUUAAAGGAGUUGAUGGACCCAAUAUAUGGAAUGUUCACUCAAUACACAGAGUCCAGCCUGCUAUGGUUCUCAGACAAAUGUUUUGUCGAGCAAAACUGGUUUCACCUGAUUGGGAUCAUCUGUGGUUUGGCAAUCUACAACUCCACAGUGGUGGAUCUUCAUUUUCCUUUGGUUCUGUAUAAAAAGCUGCUCAAUGUAUCACCCACCCUGGAGGAUUUUAAGGAACUCUCUCCCACCGAGGGCAGGAGUCUUCAGCAGCUUUUAGACUAUGAAGGCAGUGAUGUGGAGGACACGUUUGUGCUCAGCUUUGCUAUCACCACAGAGAACUACGGGCUGACAGAAGUGAAUGAGCUCGUCCCUGGAGGAGAGAUGAUCAGUGUGGAUAAAAACAACAGGGAGGACUUUGUGGAGGCCUACCUGCGGUACAUGUUCUCGGAUUCGGUGAACGAGCAGUACUCUGCCUUCUCCUCUGGCUUCCUGAAGGUGUGCGGCGGUGAGAUCUUGUCGCUGUUCCAGCCCUCUGAGCUGAUGGCUAUGGUGGUCGGAAACAACAACUACGACUGGGAGGAGAUGGAGAAGAAUGCUCUUUAUCAAGGGGAGUUCACCGCCACUCAUCCAACAGUGAGGUUAUUCUGGGAGGUUUUCCACGACUUCCCUCUGGAAAAAAAGAAGCAGUUCUUAUUGUUCCUAACAGGAAGCGAUCGCAUCCCCAUCCACGGAAUGGCAAGUCUGCGUAUCAUCAUCCAGUCCACCAUGGCGGAGGAGGACCACCUGCCUGUGGCCCACACCUGCUACAACCUGCUGGACAUGCCCUGCUACCAGACCAAAGACAUCCUGCGCCGCCGCCUCACCCAAGCCGUGGAGCAGUACGAGGGCUUCAGUCUGGUCUGAGGGCACUGGGGUGGGGGAGGAGGGAAUCUGCACCAGUGUUAAUGCACUUUAUUAACAAUACACCUGUUGUUAAGGCCAAACAAAGGCACGUAGGCGCCAUCUCACAGCGAGUUCCUGCUGCAUGUCACAGCAGCCAACUGGAAGCCUUGAAAGUGAUUUUAAUUUUUUUAAAUCACUUUGGGCAGUGUUGUCACAACAUUCACAUCAAAACCUGAGAAAUCUUUAAAGGUAAAGUUAAGAUAGUUAGAAAUAUACAAUACACUUGAAAAUAAAAUGCCAAAUUCAAAGUAAUUAGAUUCGACAACUAAUGAUUUGGGACCCAAAUGUUACUUUGAGGUGUUUUAAUUAUUUUAUAUUCAGCUAUUAAAUUCUAUUUUUCUUUUUACUGAAGACACCAUACUGCAUCAGAUUUUUUUUUUAAUUUCAACUUUAUCAAAAGUGAUUUUUUUUUUAAAUUGUCAUUAUCGGGGGAAUUAAAAACUUAUGUACAGUUUGUAAAAAGACAUUUGUGAGCUCAGUGUGACGGAGAACACAGGCGAGCGAGCAGGACAAAAACACAGUGAAAAAUCUUUGAAAUUGCUAUAUUUUUCCUUUCUUUCCCCACAGCUGUCGACUUGAAACUGCUUUCAACAGUGUUGCCUUCUCCAAAAAAAAGAAAAAAAACCUUCACACACGAGGGAGCUGAAACUUAACUAAAGGACUUUGUGCAUGUUGUUGAGUGAAACCUGUAAACAAGGAUCAAAAUGUAAAUUUGAUUUCUGAGUUGAAACGAACACUUGAGAUUUCCGCCAGGAGUGGAUCAAAUGACACCGUUGAAUAUUAACAAGCUGUGUAUUCCUACAAAUACUGGACAUCCCCUCAUGUGAAAUCGUUUCUUCGGUAGCACGUUAGGGUGGCGUGUGUGAAAUAGUCUUGCUGCACAUAUAUACCGUAUAAUUUUUUAUAUUUCUUACGUAGCUGUCGUGAAAAAACGAACACAGCUGUUGAUCAGUUGCCCCAAACACCCGCUCACAGUGCAGCCGUUUAGCAAUAAGGGACUAAAGCGCCAUCGGUUGCUGGACUUUUUGUGUUGAUGUGCUGCAUGUCCGAUACGACUGCACGAUAUUUGUGCUAACGAACGAAGCUAGUCUUUUUCUCCUGCAGAGUUCAGCCCUAUGCAAAGGUUUGUGGACACCCUUGAUAUUUUUUUUUUUUUUAAUUUUUGCACCUAUUUAUGUGCUACAUAAAUGGGAUUUUUGGAUAUUUAUCUGAAUUCUACAAAAAAAUAGUUAUAAAGUUUUUGGAAUAAACAAUCCUGAACAAUU